AUGGCUGGUGCGGGUGCUGCUUUGCGCAGAGGCGACAUCAAGAUAUCUGAGCCGCUGCCCUUUGAAGGGUCAGCAGACACCUCUUAUCGUCCUAGAUAUGCAACCCAGUCUUUCCACAGCUCUGGGCAUCGACCAUACGAGGCUUCAUGGCAAUCGAAGAUUCCCUCGGCACAGGAUCCCCAUAUACGCCAUGCAAGCGACACGCAAGCUUACGCGGCGACUCGCGGUUCCUCCGGGCCAUCUAGUCUUCCCCGCUCGAUGUCUACGAUACCUGCCAAAGCGUCCCUUGACCAGAAGAGAUCUGGGGGAAUUCGCGCUGCUCUGAAGCGCAUGUUCUCUAGCAAGCGACAUAGAUCUGCACCUGCAGACUCCAACGUGUUUGAGUACAGCAAUCGGAGACAACUGUUCUCGGUGGCAGAGCAACAGACACAAACACGGGCUGGCCCAAGUCCUACGUCAGCAUCUCCUCUGCGGGAUGCUGCACUCGGAUCGCACUCGAUUCAGCAAGAACAAGACCCUCCAAAGCAAGGCUUACAAGUUCUUCCACGGCGCGGGCGCCGGAAUACUCUGCCAAGCUUGGUUUUCGAUGACAAGGAGACCGGACUUGAUCAUGAGGGCCUCAACCGCUUCACCUCUGAGACUUCUCCACAGGACAGCUGGUCGAAAGGGAACUACAUCUCCGACGGCCGCUUGAACCGUCGUUCCAGAAGUGCAGAUGCGCUCAGCGAGCUGCUGCAGCGGGAGGGCAUUGAAUUGUCUAGUGCUCGUGAUCGCGCAGGUGAAAUAGCGUACUGGCGUAAUAGUGCUAUUCAGAAGCCAGUUCCUGUGUACAGUGGGCAGUCUAUCGCAGUUGAGGCGGUACACUCGGCUCCCGAAUCGCAAUCAGUGCCGGGGGUCGUCGACCCGAUGCAAAGCUUUGAGUUCGGUCUCGAAGACACGGGCAAGAAUGGCACCAACCUGGAACAGAGAGUGAAUACUCUAGAAAUAAAGCUGUUUGACUUUGAGUACGCAAUCGCGAAGCUGCAAGGCAACAACAUUUCGAAACCUGUACUUCCGUCGAAACCAUUCAUUCGAGGGUCGGCGCACGACAUCUUGUUUGAUGAUCACGGGCAUUCGGCGACGGAUACAGGCUCUCCACGAAACCCGCGUUAUUUUCAUUCUCCGGUCGCGGCGCAUGCAAUAACAUUCCUGUCUUCUCCUGGAGAAUCGCCAUCUCCUUCAAUCGAAGCCCGCAAGGCAGCCGGUCUGCAAAGGGCAAGUACGGCUACCACUGCCACCAUCCGACCCAACUAUGCCAGCCGCCAACCGGCAACACAAUCAAGCGAGGCUUCGCCGUCCUCGACUCAACUAUCUGCGGGUCAGGUUCAUAUACUAAUGGCCUUAAUUGAGGAAGAGAAGGAAGCUCGUCAACAGCUGGAGGCACAGGUGACGGAAUUGCAGAAAGAAUUAGAUAGCAUGCGCACCCCCAUUUACGCCACCAUUCGCGAAGCUUACCCGACACCAAGCCCUGAAUCAACGCAUAAUACGGCUGGAACGCCCCGAAGCCUGCAUCGGACAGCAGGAUUCCAACUUAGUCAUGCCGUGGCCGAGAUAUCGCGGUUCAGUGGGACAGACGCCGAAACAGACGCCGAGACUGAGCUCGACGAAGAAUCUGAAGAUGUUUACGCAACUCCCAAGGAAAGCAGAACCACUUUUGAGUCCGCCCGAGACUCUUUGGGAUCGGCUGUAAUAGAAACCAGGAUUUGA